UGUUGGUAUAAAGUUUGUUUGAUAAACAAAAAAAUACAAUUAUAAUAAAUUCCAAUAGUUUUAUUUAUAUAUUAAUAAUAAAUGUAAAAAUAAAAAUUUAAUAAUGGCUUCGAUGCAAGACAGAUUAAAGUUAAAGAGAGAAUUAUGUGAUACUUGGAGUACACGUGAACAAUUAUGUUUAGCAUCAAGUGUUUUAAAAUCUGGUGAUCAAAAUUGGAACAGUGUUUCUAAAUCGUUAAAACCAUUUGUUGAAAAAGAAGCACUACGUUCAGCUGAUUGGUUUUCACCAAAAUCAUGUGCAAUUCAAUAUGCAACUCUUGUUGAAAAUGCUGAUACACCAAAAAGAAAAAAACGUGAAAAUAAUGAUAUAACAGGUGUUACAACAAUUGGUACAGCAAUUGUUCGUCAACUUACAGCAGAAAGAAUUUCUGAAAUUCGUCAAAUAAUAGCAUCUCAACGAGAUGAAUAUCAACAAUUAAAACAAGAGGUAAAUCUUUUAAAAUCUGGUAGUAUUUCAGAUGAAAAACUUAAAAAAAUGUGGCAAGUAAUUGAGCAAGAAGACAAAGAAGCUGAACAAAAAGAAAAAGCACACUCAGCAUGGCUUGUAAAACGACAACAAAAACAAGAAUCAUCUGCAAAAGAAACAGCUAAUUUAUCAACACCAAAAAAAACACUUGAGAUACCUUGUGAGCCUGUUGAUGUGUCAGAUGAUACACAAGAAACUGAAGAUGAUAAAAAGAAUCAAGGUGGACGUUCUCCUUUAUUAACAAGCCUCUUAAAAUCACCUAGUCCAACUACACAAGUUUUAAAUGCUACUUCAACAGCUCAAACAACAUCACCAACAAUAGCAAGUCUUCUUGGAGCUACAACUAAACCCCAUGUUGCACAAAAUUUAACAUCACAAUUAAAUCAAAUUGUUGUUAAAUCAAUAUCAUCACCAAUGCCAUCAAUAACAUCGUUAACAUCAAUGUCUGUUGCUUCUUCUGCUUCUGGAAAAGAAGAAAGACCUUCUGUUGGUGCUCCAACAUUGUCAAUGAUGCUUCAGUUACCAUCAAACAUUCCCAGAAGUUUACCAUCUCAAUUAAACAACAAUUCAGCACCAACAACACCACUUGUUUCUUCUGCACCAUUAAAAAAUGUUAAAACCAAUGUAAAUGAAACAGUUACACGAAGUGUAUCUGUUCCAGUUACUUCAGUUGUUGAUAACAGUCCAGUUCAAGUCAUUGAACCUGCUGUUGCUGAGGUAACUGAUACAGAAACUAUAGAUAAAGAUGAAAUUAAUGAAAUUAUUGAUGAUAUUGAAGAGCUCAUUAAAGAAGAAAUUAGUCCAGAGGCAAAAGCUGCUUCUGUUUCGAUAGUUGAAACAAUUAAAGAAGAAGAAAAAGAAGAACUAAUUGUACAUACAGUUAAUGAAGAAGAAAUUCAAAAUUUAAAUGAGUCUGAAUCACCAGAUUUGGAUUCUUCUCAAAAUGACAUUACCAUGGAAUUGAUUGAACAAGAUACUUCUAAAAUUGCUGAAAUAAUUGGUGCGUCUCCUGAAAUACAAGCACCUUCACCGUUGGUUGAACCUGAAAAACCAAUUGAGAUUAAAAUUGAAAGUGUUGAAGAAAAAAAAGAAGAAGAAGAAGAAAAAAAAAGCAGCCCACUAGUUGUAACCAUCAAGGAAGAAGUUGAAGAUAUUAGUACAGAUAAAAAAGAUGAAGAAAUAAAAACAGAAAUUAUUGUUGAAGAAAAUAUUGUAUCAGAAGAAAAGGUAGAAGAAAUACCUGAAGUUGUGGAAAAAAAUAAAGAAAAAGAAUCAACAAAUGAUGAUGUUGUUGUUGUUGUUGUUGAGAAAGACACAACUGAAGAGAUUCCAGUUGAGAAAGAUGUGGUUAAUGAAGAAAAAGAAAUAAAAGAAAAAGAACAAGAACAAAAAGAUGAGAAAGAACAAGAACAAAAAGAUGAUGAAAAAGAACAAGAAAAAGAUGUUGAAAAAGAGAAAGAAGGCGAGGAAAAACAAAAAGAAGACAAAAAAGUAGAAGAAAAAGAAGAAAUAGUUACUCCGGUUGAAGUUGAAGAGCCAAAAAAAGAAGAAGAAAAAGUUGAAAUAACAAUAGAACCUCUGCUAGAAGUAAAAGACACAGAAGUAGAAGAAGAAAAAAAAGAAGAACAACAACAGCAACAAGAUGAGAUUAUGGAAGAAAACAUUGUUGAAAAAAUUAGUGAAAAACCCAAGGAAUCAAAUGAUGUUGUAGAAGUUGAAAAAAGUACUGAAAUUUCAUCAAUUGUAGAAGAUGAUGAAUCAGUUCAAGAGAUUGUAAAAGAAUCAGAGCCAUGUCAAGAUAUCAAAGCUGUAUGUGAAGAAGAAAAAAAAGAAGUUGAAGAGGAAAAAGAUAUUGUAAUAGGAACUACAGUAAAGCUUGAAGUUGAAGAAUCAAAAGAGCCAUCAACUGAAGUAAAGAUUGAAAAUAAUAGUAAUGAACCAAUUGUAAAAGAAGCUAUUAUAAAAGAAGUCAGUGUAAAAGAGCCUAGUAAAACAUCAUCUCCUCCAAGCACAGAUGAUUUAAAAAAAGAGAAAAAAGAAAUUCCAAAAAUUCUUGAUAAACCAAGUGAAAUAAAUUCUUCACCAAUUCCAACAAAAUCAAAAACACCAACAACAACACCAAAAAUAUCCAAGCCUUCUGAAGAUAAAAAAGUUGAAAUAAAAAUAAUAAAAAGUGUUCAAGAAGAUCAAGCAACUGAUGUUGAAGAUAAAAUUCCACAUUCAAAAAUACCAAUUAGAAUGGACAUAAAUGAUGAUAAAAAAAAUGAUAAUAAUAAAACAAUUGAAAAAAUUGAUAAAGAAAUAAAAAUUGAAGAUUCUACUAAAAAAGAUAUUGUAAAAAUUAAAAAACAAGAAACACCAUCAGUUAGUUCAAUUGAUGAUAUUGAAGAGGAAGAAUCAUCAAUGACAAAAUUAAGUGGAAGAGCAAUAAAAACAUAUUCUAAAAAACAAAAUGUUUCUAUUGACAGUGAACCAGAAACAGACACAAGUGAAGGUGCUGAUUAUCGUGCAUGGAAAAAAGCAAUAAUACUUGUUUUUAAUCGUCUUGCAACACAUAGAUUUUCAUCAUUAUUUCUUAAACCAAUUACUGAAGAAAAUGCACCAGGUUAUCAUAGUGUUGUAUUUAGACCAAUGGAUUUAUCAACAAUUAAAAAAAAUAUUGAUAAUGGAACUAUAAGAUCAACAACCCAAUUUCAACGUGAUGUAAUGUUAAUGUUUCAAAAUGCAAUAAUGUAUAAUAAACAUGAUACUCGUGUACAUAAAAUGACAUUGGACAUGCAAGAAGAGUGUCUGGAACAGAUGCAGGUGCUAGUUGAAGUUGCUGCUGAAGGUCCAGUUCGUAGAGAAACUAGAACAGCAGCAAAUAGCAGUAUCAGUGAAGCAAAUGACAAUAAUAUUUUAAAAAGAAAACGUAGUUUAAUUACUCCAAGUCCUCUUGAUAGUGACAGUCCUCGUUUUAAAAAACGAAGGAAAUCCGAAAAUGACUGAAUUUAAAUUACCAUUUUUUUUCUUAUUUAUAUUUUUUUUUAAUUAAAUUUAUCAAUAAUUUAACGAAAAAAAAAUAAUGUCGUAAUAAUUCUGUUCAAAUGACAAUUUCUAGAUUUAUAUUGAUGUAUAAAAAAAAAAAAACAAAACAAAAA